CUAUGUAUGAGAAGAAUGCUCACGACAAUUGGAUCAAGGCUCGGAUUUGGGAGAGGGAGAUAGCAGAGCAGAGCAGGGAAGCCGCCCACUUGAAACACAGAUUGGAGAUAAUGUCCAAUAAGAGACUGCCUGAGGGAUACAGGCUGCACAAACCAAUGUCGGGAAGACCUGGGAUGCAGAACCCUCCACAGAGAGAUCCGGGACCUGGUGCUGCGGCUGUGAGGAGCAGCAGCUCCGGGGGCAAGGUCAAUGUUGAGGCAAGAGGGCCUCCUUCUUUUGCAGCACCACCCUGCACAACCAACCCUGUGGGCUCUGGGCCACAUCUGUCUCCUCCAUCCUGGAGGCCUCUAGGCCCUCACCCGCUGCCUCCACGUGUCCCACUCGGACACUCAUUUUGAAGGAGGACACUGAGCUGUAAUAAACAGGCUGUGGCAAAUUAUUAUGGUUUUCCCUGCCGGAUCCUGCCCCCUCCACUUUUAUCUUUCCUGUUGUCACCCCUAAUACACU